AUGGAACCGCCGUCGGACUCUAUGGAAGAAGAAGAGGCUACGCAGGAGCAAGUUGUUAACCCUAAUGCAUGGAACACUGGUUCACGUAAGAUUUUUACCGCCCACUCUCAGGUAGAAGAAUGGUACGUUGCGGAAUCGGAUUCGGAAGACGUAGCUGCCGCCAUGAAGGAGGAUGAUCUCGAUGAUGAGAUCCCAGAAGACGACGAUCCACUCUGUCCGACCAUCGCUUAUACGGCAAUGGAAAAGCAGCGCUGGCGUCGGGAAUGGCGCUCCGCCCUUAUCGUCAAAGUGCUGGGGAGAACCUUUGCGUUCCCUGUUAUCUCGCGUAGACUGGAGGUCCUGUGGGCCAAAUGUGGUAGUAUUCAGGUGUCACGCUUGUCUUUCGGCUUCUACGCAGUACGUUUUACCAGCCAGAUCGACUACGAAACAGCAGCGGCGGGUGGCCCUUGGAUGAUAGGUGAUUUUUACAUCACAGUUCGGCUGUGGCGGAAAAACUUCAAUCCACAGAUGGCAGAGGUAGCCUCCACCAUGGUUUGGGCUCGCUUCCCGGGUCUACCAAGGGAGUUCAUCAACAAAGAAGCAGUGGAACGCAUAGCGGAAAAGAUUGGCAAACCAGUCCGUGUGGACCGAGCAACACAGACAGGAGACAGAGGCAAGUACGCGCGGGUCAGCAUUGAGGUGGACCUGACCAAGCCAUUGUUAUCAAAGUUCAAGAUCGAGGGACUCACCUACUAUGUGGAGUAUGAGGGCCUCCACCGCAUUUGUACCGAGUGCGGGAAGUAUGGGCAUACGAAGGCCACGUGUCCGAAGCUCUUUAAGGAGCCAGCCCCGGCUCAGCCAGACUCACAGGUAGCUAAUGACAAAGAACCAACCAGCACUUAUGGUGAAUGGAUGGUAGUGCAACCGCGUGGACGAGGCGCUAAAAGAAAUAAUCAAGGACCAACAAAAGUUCCCAGCUCGAAUGAACAUGAUACCUCACUAGGAGUGGACAAGACUCAAGGGUCAAGAUUUUCAAUAUUGGUUGAUGAAGAUAUUGCCGAGAAGCAGGGCUCCCAUGCUGCACAGGAUAAGGAAGUAUCGCAGCUCGGAGCGGCUGUGGAAACGAGGACUCCUAACUUAGGAUCACCGAUGACGCAUGAAGCAGGGGAACAAAAUCCAACAUCCAUGCACGUGGAUAAUGGAGAGGGAGUCACUAAGGCCCAAGAGGGGGAAUUUGGUCAGGGAAGUUCGCUGAAACCAUCGUCGAGCGUCCCUGUGGAAGCAGAAGUAGUGUCAACCAAAGAGCUGGGAUCGGGUAAGAACGAGCGACUUCCUGACCAACCGAGCAAGAGCUCUCACGGCCGACAAGCAAACCAGGAUAAAAGAAUUACUCUACCUAAACCAAAGCAGAAUGGUCCUGGUCCGGAAAAGGCGAAACAAGUUCAAGCAAAUAGUAAGACAAGUGACAGCAAGAAGGGCGCGGGGAGCCUAUCCCUUCUGGUCAUAAAUGAAGAUCCUGAGCCAUAA